AUGGAUAGAUUCCUUGGUCCUUAUCCACAUGAGUCCUGGAAGAAGUGGAUCUCUCUCACUCAGCACGUGGAGGAGACAGAACUGAAGUGGAUGAUCCUGCUGUCAGCCUUCAUACACCACCAGAACAGCAACACAGCUUCCACAGGCCUCUCAAACAUCACAGGAGCCUCACAAACAGCCCCACACAGCACCACAAACCCCAUUAGACCCCCAGCCCAUUACCUCACCCACUUCACAGCACCCCCCCACCCACAGCUCCCAGAAAUGAAGCCGAGGGAAGGGACUAUAUUUUGUUUCACCCAGCCCCCCCACCAGAACCUACAGAGAGGGGGGCUAGUGAAGCCGGACAGCUUAGUGGCAGAGCUCCAGGUGGCCUUCGUCAGCUUCUUGGUGGCACAGGUGUGGGAUGGCUGGGACCAGUGGAGGUGUGUGGAGGAGCAUCUGUGCCAGGCAGAGGUGCUGCUGCUGGAGGGGCUGCAGUUGUGUGCAAAGCUCCUCUUGUCCAACAACUUCCUUGCCUCUGCACUCAACGCUCUCUUCACCAACAUCAAGGACAACUCCGCCAACCUGCCUUGGUCCUUAAGGCUCAGCACUUCAAGGACCACCUCUCUGCCAAGUUCGAGUGGGAUCUGA